GGUGAAAUGGCCAGUGCUUCAGUGUUUCAGGAUGAGUUCUGCUGUUCUAUCUGUCUGGAUCUUCUGACGGACCCGGUGACUGUUACCUGUGGACACAGUUUCUGUUUGAAGUGUAUUACAGGGUGCUGGGAUCAGGAAGACUAUAAGGGUGUUUACAGCUGCCCCCAGUGCAGAGAGACCUUCACUCCUAGACCUGUUCUUCGCAGAAACACAAUGAUGGCUGAAAUGCUGGAGAAGCUGACGAAGACAGAAGUCCAGUCUGAUGACACGGCUCCUUCCAACGCCGGACCCGACGAUGUGGAGUGUGAUUUCUGUACUGGGAGAAAACACAAAGCCAUUAAGUCGUGUCUAACAUGCAUGGGAUCUUACUGUGAGGUUCACAUCCAAUCUCAUUUUCAAGUGGCCUGUCUGAAAAAGCACAAGUUGGUGAAUGCUUCCUCACGGCUACAAGAGAAGAUCUGCUCACAACACGACAGGAUCAUUGAGGUGUUUUGCCGCACAGAUCAGAAGUUGAUAUGUAUGCUCUGUUCAAUGGACGACCACAACGGACACAAAACUGUCUCCGCUAUAGCAGAACGAACUGAGAAGCAGAAAAAGUUGUUGGAGAUGAAGAGGGAUAACCUGAGGUGGAUCCAGCAGAUUAAGAAGGAGGUGCAGCAGGUGAAACAGGCAAAGAAGUAUCUGCAGGUAGCUGUUGAGGACACAGAGAAGAUCUUCAUGGAGGUGAUCAGCUUCAUGCAGAAAAAAAAGGAUUGA